AUGGCGUCCGGCACCGCCGCCAGCGAGGAGGAGCGCAGCCUCCGGGAGUGUGAGCUCUAUGUCCAGAAGCACAACAUCCAGGCGCUGCUCAAGGACUCCAUCGUGCAGCUGUGCACCGCCCGGCCCGAGAGGCCCAUGGCCUUCCUCCGGGAGUACUUCGAGAAGCUGGAGAAGGAGGAGGCAAAGCAGAUCCAGAACCUGCAGAAAGCAGGCAGCCGUGCAGACUCUCGGGAGGAUGAAAUCUCCCCCCCGCCCCCCAACCCCGUGGUGAAGGGCCGGCGGCGACGUGGGGCCAUCAGUGCCGAGGUCUACACGGAGGAGGAUGCUGCGUCCUAUGUUCGGAAGGUUAUACCGAAAGAUUAUAAGACAAUGGCUGCUUUAGCUAAAGCCAUUGAAAAGAACGUACUGUUCUCACAUCUUGAUGAUAACGAGAGAAGUGACAUCUUCGACGCCAUGUUCCCUGUUUCCUUCAUCGCUGGCGAGACCGUCAUCCAGCAGGGUGAUGAAGGGGAUAACUUCUACGUGAUUGACCAAGGAGAGAUGGAUGUCUAUGUCAACAAUGAAUGGGCAACCAGUGUCGGGGAAGGAGGGAGCUUCGGGGAGCUCGCUCUGAUCUACGGGACCCCUCGAGCGGCCACUGUGAAGGCCAAGACGAACGUGAAGCUGUGGGGCAUUGACCGGGACAGCUACAGGAGGAUCCUCAUGGGAAGCACGCUGAGAAAGCGGAAGAUGUAUGAGAAGUUUCUUAGUAAAGUGUCUAUUUUAGAAUCUCUGGACAAGUGGGAGCGUCUCACGGUAGCUGAUGCGUUGGAACCCGUCCAGUUUGAAGAUGGGCAGAAGAUUGUGGUACAAGGGGAGCCGGGUGAUGAGUUCUUCAUUAUUUUAGAGGGCUCGGCCGCUGUGCUGCAGCGGCGCUCUGAGGACGAAGAGUUCGUGGAAGUGGGAAGGCUGGGGCCUUCGGACUACUUCGGCGAGAUCGCUCUGCUGAUGAACCGGCCCCGUGCAGCCACCGUGGUGGCCCGCGGCCCACUGAAGUGCGUCAAGCUGGACCGGCCGCGGUUCGAGCGCGUUCUCGGCCCGUGCUCCGACAUCCUCAAGCGCAACAUCCAGCAGUACAACAGCUUCGUGUCCCUGUCUGUCUGA